AUGCAUCUGGCCACAUGCUCCGACAAGCUUAUCAUCCCCACUGGAUCCAACUUGCGGCUCUGCAGGACCCGCUCUGAUCACAUCACCCACAUCCCAUCCAACUUCUCCAAAGAGGAGAGCAAUGACGAAAGCCAAACUCGUCCCUUGAACCUUCCCAGCUUCCCCAUGAACCUCCUGAAAAGUGUACACCACAUCCGUAAGACGUAAGCCUAUAUAAGAUUUCCCCUCGUAUUGUCUCGCCUUGAAGCUUCCUAAGCCAUGGAGAGUAGCUGUGUCGAAGAGGCAUCGAGCAUCGACUCGGAGAAGCGGCUGCAGGCACCACUGCACGCGGCCGUGGCACUGCAGCGACUGGGCAGUGGCGUGAGCUUGGUGAUUGACCCGGCACCCGAGGGCGGGAUCGAGGCGGAGUCCAGGAAGCUGGCCUCGUACCGGUACAAAGGCGUCGUGCCGCAGCCGAACGGGCGGUGGGGCGCCCAGAUCUACGAGAGGCACCAACGGGUGUGGCUCGGCACCUUCGGCGAUGAGGCGGACGCGGCGCGCGCUUACGACGUCGCUGCGCAACGGUUCCGCGGUCGCGACGCUGUCACCAACUUCAAUCCCCUGUCAGAGUCCGACGACGAGGAGGCCGGCGAGCUCUCCUUCCUCGAGACGCACUCCAAAGCGGAGAUCGUGGACAUGCUGCGCAAGCACACGUACCGCGACGAGCUCCAGCAGAGCAAGCGAAGCUACGAAGCGGGCGGGUUUGCCGGGAAGCGGACGACGCCGGGCUACCUACGGUCGUCUCGCGUGAUCUUGUUCGAUAAGUCGGUCACGCCGAGCGACGUCAGCAAGCUGAACAGGCUGGUGAUACCAAAGCAGCACGCCGAGAAGCAUUUCCCGUUGAAGAGCAGCAGCGGCAUGGCCUGCAAGGGAGUGCUGCUCAACGUCGAGGAUGCCGGCGGCAAGGUGUGGAGGUUUAGGUACUCGUACUGGAGCAGUAGCCAGAGCUACGUGCUGACCAAAGGCUGGAGCCGGUUCGUGAAGGAGAAGAACCUCAAGGCCAGAGAUGUGGUCAGUUUCUGGCGAUCCACCGGGCCGGAGAAGCAGCUCUACAUCGAUUGGAGAACCGAAGCAGUCGCUAGCAAUCGCACGAUGACGCCGGCUAUUAGGCCGCUUCCGGUUGUGAAGCUGUUCGGCGUGAACAUAUCAGAGUUGCCAUCGGUGAGCGGCGGCGACGGGAAGAGAGGAAGAGAAAUGGAGUCAUCUCCAUCACAAUAGUUGUUCACGAAGCAUUUCAUAGAGGCUUUGUAGUGUUCUUCCUUUUUAUCUUUUCUUUCAUGAAACAAAAAAGAGUACAUUAAUUGUGCGAGAGAACUUAGAAUGGAGAAGUUGAAGGUUACUUCUUCUCGAUUAACUUGUUUGUUUCAUUCGUUUGUCUAUUACUUGCGUGGCAUCUCUAAUGUCCA